GCAAUUCCUAUCAGUCUAAGCAAAUGGCGUCGUACGGGUGGAUAUCGUUGCGUCAAAUUUCACAAAUCAUGAAUGAAUUCUAAGUGCGGCCGCGCAUUUCUCAUGAAUUGAAGGGAUAAUCAGUUCCGUAAUUUUGCGACAAGACGCAUAUCAAACAAUGAACGAAGUAAGUGGGGGAAAGCAAGAUAUACCCAAUACCUCGAAUUGGGAGACCCAAUCGAUGUCAUCGUUACCAGCUAUGCAUCAUCACCAUCAAGCACUGCAGCAGGAUGCAAAUUCCACAGUGGCGCAAGUUAUAGUUCCCACACCUGUGAAACUACAAACACCCAUAUUAACACCAGCGCAGACUGUAGCUGACCACUGUCCUCAAAUUGGUCACAUACAACAACCACCCCUGAUAGCUCAGAGUACGCCACCGGGAAGCUUUCCAGAACUUGAGUUAUCUGUAGAACUUCAGCAACAAGGUUGGAAGAAGUUUUGGAGUAAACGAGAAAGUCGGCCAUAUUUCUGGAAUAAGUUGACCGGAGAAUCUCUGUGGGUGGUACCUUCCCUGAAACCUCAGUUUGAUCCAAUUACGGAUCCGCUUGGUAUCUGCGGCGUGCCACCUCCACCUGGAAAUGGAACCAUUCCACCUGGUACACCAGGUGGUGCAUUGAAGCGGAGAGCAUCGGAAGACGGGGCUGCUGCGCCAGCAAAGAAAUUUAUAUUGGCGGGCCCUUGGGACCUGGAUAUAUUCACAAAUGUUGUAAUAUACGAGAGAGCGCCAUCAAGUUUGCCGCAUGUUCAUCCCGAGGUGGAAGCUCUGCGCUGUGCAUUAUUGGCGAAAUUACGGCAAUGUUAUCAAGAAUUAUGUCACACUCGUGAAUGUAUAGACGCGCCGAAAGAUUCUUUCAAUAGGUGGUUGAUGGAACGGAAGGUCAUUGACUGCGGCUCGGAUCCGCUGCUGCCGAGUCAAUGCUUCCCCGAAAUUUCCAUGUCCAUGUAUCGCGAGAUCAUGAACGACAUUCCUAUCAAACUGGUCAGACCUAAGUUCACGGGCGACGCGAGGAAGCAGCUGUCGCGCUACGCCGAAGCCGCGAAGAAGAUGAUCGAAUCGAGGGCGGCGUCUUCCGAGAGUCGAAAGGUGGUGAAGUGGAACGCGGAGGACACAUUUCAAUGGCUGAGAAGAACGGUAGGCGCCACGUUCGACGAUUUUCAAGACAGGCUCGCCCAUCUAAAGCGACAGUGUCAACCGCACCUCACGGAGACCGUCAAAGCCAGCGUGGAGGGUAUAUGUCUGAAGAUUUAUCACUUAUCGACGGAAUACGCGAAGAAAGUGAAGGAUAAGAACAAUCAGAUUCUCAAAGAUAAUGGUCUAGGAGACAUUAUACCCUUAGGAGGUCCGGUUAGUACGCAGAGAAAGGUUUGGUGUUACUCAGUGCAGUUCUCUCUACCCACACCGAGACUUCCGCAGGUGGAUUACCUCCCGGAACGCGAGCAGACGAUGCUGCGCUUUCACGGUGACACUAUGUAUAUCAACAACACCCACCUCACCAAACUGGAACAUUUGUAUAGGCACAAUUGUUACGACGACAAAAAGUUCGAAAUGUUUCUACCACGCGUUUGGUGCAUGCUGAAACGUUAUCAGACAUACUUAGGGAACAAUGAGGGCCAAGCGACGCAGAUGGCUCUCCCGGUGACGGUUUUUGAAUGCCUUCAGAAAUCGUUCGGCGUUACGUUCGAAUGUUUCGCUUCGCCUCUAAAUUGUUACUUUCGGCAGUAUUGCUCAGCAUUUGCCGACACGGACUCGUAUUUCGGAUCGAGAGGACCAUUUUUGGAUUUCAGGCCGAUCAGUGGCUCGUUUCAAGCAAAUCCCCCCUACUGCGAGGAACUCAUGGAAGCGAUGGUCAAUCAUUUCGAGCGUCUGUUGGCCGAUUCGCCGGAGCCCUUGUCAUUUGUGGUAUUUCUACCGGAAUGGCGAGAUCCGGCGCCUAACGCGCUUAUAAAGCUCGAAGGGAGUCACUUUAAACGCAAACAAGUAGUCGUACCUGCUAUGGAACACGAAUACAGACACGGAUUUCAACAUUAUAUUUCAAAAGGCGAGGUGAACAUCCGAGCGGUGCACGGCACACUGGUGGUGUGGCUGCAAAAUCCAGCCGGCGCGGCACGAUGGGGACCCACGGAGGAUCGAGUCGAGGCCUUAUUAGAAGCCUGGCGACCCGGUCGAGAACGGGAGAGGGACAGACAAGAGCUUCUCUCCCCGCCGAGGCAGACGCAUCAGCCGAUACCAUCGACGCCAGUACCUGUACCGACGACGCCGACAACUGUGACAACGCCGACUGUGCCACCCAUACAGACGCUACCCAGUCAUUCUGUAUAAUUGUUGAACAAUCUUCUCGAGAGAAACGUAUAAAUAGUUUCCGCGCUUGAAAAUGAAUAUUAUCUAUAAAUAUUACCUAUCUUGUAAUAUAAUUUACUUCCUUUCGUUAAGGAAAUUCACAUUUUGUAUUUUAACACACAUACAUACAUAUAUGUGUAUAUGUAUGCAUAUAUGUAUGUAUGAAAGAUAAGAUGUAAAAAUGAAAAAUGUUAGGUAGUUAUAUAUUCAGAGAUAAAUUAAACAAAGAUAAUAUAGAGUUAUCUAUAUACAUAUAUAUAUAUAAACGUUACUUUAUAACCAGCCACACUUUUGUGCUGAUGAUAAAACCCCUCGAUGUUGUAAAUAUCAUUUGCAUUUUGAAACAAUCUCGUAGAAAUUUGUUCACAUGUAAACCGAUGAUUAUUCGGCCUCUUUUUCGCUUCAAUCGGCAGGGGAAUACGAUUUCACAUUAUUUACUUCAGUAAUAAAAUUAAAAUAUAAGAAAAAUACACUGAGAAACAUAUACACAUCUUAAUUUCAAUAGAGAUAUAAAAGGUUUACUUAUCAACAAAUAUAUAAGCACACAUUGCAGAAAGUCUAAACUUUGCAGUAGUGGUUAAUUGUUAUUGAUCAAUGUGUUAGACUUUGUGACAUGUGUGAUGCUUUUUAAAUAUUAGAUAUAUUUGCUAUGCAAGAAAAUUGAUACUAUUGAUUAAAAAUGUCAGAAAAUGUUUAAAUUUAGAAUGCAUGUGUGUGUACAGGAACAUAUAUGUGUAUAUAUGCGAAUGUGUAAGUGGUAGGGACGUAUGUAUCGUCUGUAAUCACCUGUAUUUCUGCUUAUUUCUGUAGCCACGGAGAAAAUUUUUUAUCAGAAAAUUAUGCGAUAAAAAUCGUUUAUCAUAUAUUUUUAACCAUGACAAUCUUCUUUUUUAAUAUCAGGGAUAGAAAGAAGAGCUGAGCUGUGUAUCUAAUUUUAAUAACUCUUUAGCUGUGCAAUAUUUUAUAUCAGUUUGUAAGUGGCUACAAGUCAGUAAGGAAAGGAAUGUAUAGAUUAAACUCUCUGCAGGAAAGAGCACAUUUUUUAUGAAUUAACAAAUAUUUACACGCGCAUCUUACAUAGAUGAGAUAUAUUUAACAUUACAGUUUUUCGUAUUAUUUCUUUUUUUUUGCUUUGCAUUCAAAUUCUAUUGUGAAUAUUUUUUUAGAGAUUUUACAAAUUUAAUAGAGAUAGAACAUUUGUGUUAAAGAUAUCAAUGAUAAAAAAAUUUCACAAUCCUUUCCAUGUCAAGCAUAUCUACAUUAGAUGUAGCGUAUAUCGGGGGAGAAUAGAUGGAUCACGUAAAGAAAAAAAAAACAAGAUGCAAACUUAGAUAUGGGUAUAACAGGGCUCUCUAGACGCACACUCAUAAAUAAUACAUCGGGAAAAAAUUAUACAUACAUAUAUGCAUUACUGACUCAAUUUGAUUAGAAAGAUAUAUCGUCUAGUUUCAAUCACAUUGGGCACUUUUUGAAGAAAAAUUUAUAUUUGCAUCUUAUAAAUUUUAUAUAUUUUUUAUUGCGAAUAUAUAUGCUAAUGUGCGUGUAUGCUAGUAUGUAUUUGUAUCUGUAUACAUAUACAAGUGCAUACAUGCGCAUGCGCGUGUAUAGUCAUUUUAACACAUACAGAAAAAAAUUAUAUAUAUAAGAAUAUUUAUGCUUAUAUAAUUGAUAGUAAAUAAGACAAUACGCGCGUAAAAGCUAAAUAUAAGUUAUGUUUUGUGAGAUACUAUUGUUUUACAAGCAGCAGAGACGAUGUAUCCAUGAUUAGGUUGCACUUAUAGCUUAAUUAGUAGAGUUCAGAUAGGAAAUUUUUAUUGUAAAUCUUUAUACAAUUAGAGAAUCUGUAGUAUAUAUAUUUAAUUAAGGGAAAAAUAUUAUUUUUAUGUUUAAUUAUACUUUAGAUUAAAGAGAUCAAUUUCGCUCAUAUAGUGAAAGAAUACGCCAGAGCUUCUAGAGCUUCUAUUUAUCGUAUAUACAUUAUAGAACAUAAGAUAAUUACUUUUUGCCAUACACAUGUUCCACACAGCAAACGUAUUAGCAUUUUUUUAAAGUGAGUAACACUUGAAUUCUUUAUACAUUUUACUUGUGAAUAAUUGGACAAUGUGUCUGAUGUAACGUUUAUUGUACAAAGAUAAUCUUAAAAGGAUGGCCCUGCAAAAUGUUAUCUUCUAAGAGAAAAUUUAAAUAAAGUUAAGGGAGGGAAUUUAUAAAAUUUUAAACACAUAAGAAUAUGACAACCAAGUAAAAGUGCUAUAUUUAUGAAAACAAACAUCACAAUUUGCUUCUAUUAACGAAUUUAUUUCAUCUGUUAACUUGAACUUAUUGAACUUUGCUUUGCACAAUCAUGGGUGAAGUUACAUUUUCAAUGUUACAAGAUGACUCGAGAAACGAAUUAACAGUUUUCAAUAACAGCCGUGCUUCAUCAUUUUCACACAUCAAGUUGUACACAGACAGAUCUUGUGCGUCUGUGAUAAUAUCCUCCAAUACGUUUUUCAGUGCUCGCAAAUCAAACAAACAGUGAUUAUAUCCAAAAUGAUAUUUGCGAAAACUGACAACUUGAUUUUUCUUCAACAUAGCAUGUAAACGAUUCUUAGCAAUAAAUGAUAUAAACUCGA